UUUAAAGCAAGCGGACGUGUCGACAUUUUCUGCACGGCGUUUUGUUGUAGUUUAUUUUAUUUUUUUUAAUUUUUGUUCGAUUAAAUAAAAAUUAUUUACAAUUUCGAUUAACAGAUACUUUUAUUGUUUUAUUGAAAGAAAACAAUAAAUUAAAGAGUUUUGUAAAAAAUAAUUACUCAAAGCAAUGUUUAAGGUGAUUUGACAAGUACAUAUCAUUUAUCACUAAAUAAAAUUCGAAAACGAUCGAUUGAAACCUUCAUAUAUUUUUUACUACUCUCGUAAAGACAAUAGAAAUAAAGGUUUCUUUCUCAGUGCUCUGUGUGCUCUUUUUUAAUAUUCAUUUUCGGUGUAUAAAUUCAUUCGUUUAGUUUUUUUUUGUUAACCUCUUUUGUUGUUAUUUUUACUGUCAAUGAGAAUGCAAAACAACUAAAAAAAAAUUAUUAAAUUCUGUAAAAUGAUCGUAGAUGAAAUUUUUCAAAUACAUGGUGAAAAAAAUGUGUAGAUUUAUUUUUAUUAACAAAUAUGUAAUCAGAAAAUAAAUGAAUUACAAUUUAUUUGUUAAAAAAAAAUGUUGAAAGUGUUUAAAAAGAAGUGUUGCAAAAAAGAGAAUUAAAACAAACAACACUCACAAAGGAGUGGAAUGAAAUCAGAAUACGAUUAAAAAACAACAACAAAGUUAAAAUGUGUAAUUAAAUCAACAGGUGCAAAUAACAAAAACUACAUACUACCUAUGUAUCUACAUGUAUUUUCAAUGAAACAUCGAGUUAGCAUAGAAGGAUAAAUUAUAUACUAUUCAUCAAGGACGACAGGAUCUAUAUUACAACAAAUAUGUUGAUCUUAAAUGAAUUAUUAACAUUAUUGCUGUCUGUAUUUUGCCACAGUUGUUGCACUGUCUGUUAUCGUCACAGUUGUCGUCGUUGUCAUUAUUGUGCGACAUCUACAAUGUUUAACUAAAUGUGAUUUUUCGCGUUUUCGUUUCAUUUACAAUCACAUCAAUCGAUUAAUGCAACAAUCAAACAAUCACACGAUCGAUCUUACACACACACACACUUAUGUACAUGCAGUUACGCUACAUUGAUUUGUUGUUUCUACAAGUAAAAAAAGUGAAUUUACAAAAAAAACAUCCAUUCAGCCAGCGUUCAACAAUAUUUGAGACUGUUUGUUACGCUUCACUGAUCGGCAUCAAGAAAUUCAAACGACAACAACAGCAAAUAAAUAAUUAUUAACACAAAAACAACAAUAAAUAAAAAAAAUAAUAGUUGUACUUAUACCUACCUGUAUGUAGAAGGUACUAACCAAAAAAAAUACUACAAAAACAAAACGGUUUUUAGUAAAAUUUUUGAAAAAAAAGAACCAAAACGUUACUAAUAAAUAAUUUUUUAAAUCAGUGUUUUGUGAUUUUUUUUGUGUCUUGUAAAAUAAAAUUAAUUUAAAAAAAUGUCCAUUAAAUUGCAAUUUAUUGUGGGAUUCGUUCUCAUUCUAUUGGAUUUUUCAACGGCCGGCACUCCUGGUUACGCGGAUCUUGGCGAUACCAAAGUUUGUAUUGGUACAAAAUCCCGUCUAUCGGUGCCCUCAAAUCGAGAACAUCAUUAUCGCAACUUACGUGAUCGCUACAAUAAUUGCACCUAUGUCGAUGGAAAUUUGGAGUUGACGUGGUUACAAGAUCCUAAUUCGGACUUGAGUUUUUUGGAGAAUAUUCGAGAAGUUACCGGUUAUAUUUUAAUCAGUCAUGUUGACAUACGUAAAGUCGUAUUCCCAAGACUUCAAAUUAUUCGCGGUCGUACGUUGUUUAAUCUGAAUGUUCAGGACGAACAGUUUGCAUUUUUUGUUACGUAUUCAAAGAUGUUUUCUUUGGAAAUGCCUGCUUUACGGGAUAUCCUGCAGGGUUCAGUGGGUUUUUUCAAUAAUUUUAAUUUGUGUCAUAUACGAAGCAUUGACUGGAACGAAAUAAUGUCUGGGCCUACCGAAAAGUAUCACUACAAUUACAUCUACAAUUUCACUUUGCCCGAGAGAGAAUGCCCCAAGUGCCACGAGUCUUGUGAGAAGGGAUGUUGGGGAGAAGGUCCCAGCAACUGCCAAAAGUUCAGUAAAAUCAAUUGUUCACCCCAGUGUGCUCAAGAUAGAUGUUUCGGGCCUCGUCCCAGAGAAUGCUGUCACCUGUUUUGUGCUGGCGGUUGCACCGGUCCUACGCAGAAGGAGUGUAUAGCAUGUAAGAAUUUCUAUGAUGAUGGCGUGUGCAAGGAGGAAUGUCCACCAAUGCAGAAAUAUAAUCCCACGAAUUAUUUGUGGGAGUCCAAUCCGGAGGGAAAAUAUGCCUACGGUGCCACUUGUGUCAAAGAAUGUCCCGAGCACUUGUUGAAAGAUAGUGGAGCCUGUGUCAGAAGUUGUCCAGCCUUCAAGAUGGCCAAAGAUGGUGAAUGUAUACCGUGCAAUGGCCCUUGUCCCAAAUCAUGUCCGGGUUUGGCAAUUCUGCAUGCUGGUAAUAUAGAGUCUUAUAGGGGCUGCACUGUCAUCGAAGGUUCACUACGGAUUUUGGAUCAGACCUUCUCUGGUUUCCAAGACAUAUAUAAAAACUAUUCGCUUGGUCCUCGCUACAGUGCAAUGCAUCCGGAUGCCUUGGAAGUAUUCUCAACGGUCAAGGAAAUUACCGGUUAUUUGGACAUCGAGGGAGCCCAUCCAGACUUUAAGAAUCUCUCCUAUUUCCGCAACUUGGAGGUCAUACACGGUCGUCAGUUGAUGGAAAGUUACUUUGCUUCCUUAUCCAUUGUUAAGACAUCGUUGCAAAGUUUGGAAUUGAAAUCUUUAAAGCGUAUAAAUGCUGGUUCGGUGGUCAUACAACACAACGAAAAAAUAUGCUAUGUCAACGAAAUAAAUUGGACGAAACUGCAGAAAUCGGGUGAACACGGUUUUGUGGUGGAAAGGAAUCGCAACAAAGAGGAUUGCAAGAAAGAAGGUCUGGUGUGUUUGGAUCAAUGUGAUCAAUCUGGUUGUUGGGGUUCCGGCAAUGAUCAGUGUUUGGAAUGUAAAAACUUUGAAUACAACGGCACUUGUAUAGCGGAUUGUCGUAAUAUCACAAAUGCUUAUCAAUUCAAUGCAAAAACAUGCAAACAGUGUCAUCCAGAAUGUCGAACUUGUUCCGGUCCAGAUGCUGAACAUUGCGAUGAAUGCGUUCAUGUAAGAGAUGAAAAUCGCUGCGUUACCGUAUGCCCAGAUAACAAGUUUUCCGAUUACGGUACAUGUCGUAGCUGUCACCCAACAUGUGAAGGUUGUACUGGGCCCAAUGACACCAUUGGUCCUGGCGGCUGUAAGACCUGCCCAUUGGCGAUCAUUAGUUCGGAUGGUAAUAUUGAAAGAUGUCUACAGAAAAACGAUAAAUGUCCAGAUGGUUACUACUGGGAGUAUGUUAACCCCAGAGAACAAGGACAACUGAAACCUUUGGCUGGAAAAGCCAUCUGCCGUAAAUGCCAUCCUCGUUGUGAGCUGUGUAGUGGUUAUGGUUUCCAUGAACAGGUCUGUCAAAAAUGUGCCGGCUAUAAGAGGGGAGAACAGUGCGAGGAUGAAUGUCCCUCAGAUCAUUAUGCCGACGAAGCAAAUCGCGAAUGUUUCAUAUGCAAUCAAGAGUGCAAAGGAUGCAGUGGUCCCGGUUCAGACGAUUGCUUGGCGUGUCGUAGCUUCAAACUUUUUGGCGAAGGAGAUCCUUAUGACAAUUCGACCAUUUUCAAUUGCACCUCAAAAUGUCCCUCGGAAUAUGCGCACGUCAUUUAUCAAGCACCUCACUUGGGUACAUAUUGUUCGAAAGUGCCCAUGAAGGGCUCCAAGUUGGUAGCAGCCGUUGAUAACUACAUAUUUCUGAUUAUAGCGUUGGUCACUUUAGUUUUGGUUUUGGGCAUAUUAAGUGUAGUCACGUAUGUGUGUCGUCAAAAGGCCAAGGCCAAAAAAGACGCCGUUAAAAUGACCAUGGUCUUAUCAGGUUGCGAGGAUUCUGAACCACUUAGACCCUCCAACAUAGGAGCUAAUUUGUCGAAAUUGCGCAUCGUUAAAGAGGCCGAACUGCGGAAAGGUGGGGUUUUGGGUAUGGGAGCAUUUGGUCGUGUCUACAAAGGUGUCUGGGUUCCUGAAGGUGAAAAUGUUAAAAUUCCUGUGGCGAUCAAGGAGCUUUUGAAGUCAACGGGCGCCGAAUCAAGUGAAGAAUUUCUUCGAGAAGCAUACAUUAUGGCUUCAGUGGAGCAUCCGAAUUUAUUAAAACUCCUGGCUGUGUGCUUGACAUCGCAAAUGAUGCUAAUAACCCAACUGAUGCCUUUAGGUUGUCUCUUGGAUUAUGUUCGGAACAAUAGAGAUAAAAUUGGCUCAAAGGCUCUACUUAACUGGUCGACACAAAUUGCCAAAGGCAUGUCGUAUUUGGAAGAAAAGCGUUUAGUUCAUCGCGAUUUGGCAGCACGGAACGUUCUAGUCCAAACUCCUUCGUGUGUAAAAAUUACCGAUUUCGGUUUGGCUAAACUCUUAAACAAUGACUCGAAUGAGUAUAAAGCAGCUGGAGGUAAAAUGCCAAUUAAAUGGCUGGCAUUGGAAUGCAUACGUCAUCGGGUUUUCACAAGUAAAUCGGAUGUUUGGGCAUUCGGUGUCACCAUCUGGGAACUGCUGACAUUUGGUCAGAGACCUCAUGAAAAUAUACCAGCCAAAGACAUACCUGAUCUCAUUGAAGUUGGCUUGAAACUAGAACAGCCGGAAAUAUGUUCCUUGGACAUUUACUGCACUUUAUUAUCGUGCUGGCAUUUGGAUGCUGAAAUGAGACCUUCAUUUAAGCAGUUGGUAAAUGUGUUUGCUGAAUUUGCCCGUGAUCCCGGUCGUUACUUGGCCAUACCCGGAGACAAGUUCACCAGACUACCAUCCUACACCAGCCAAGAUGAGAAAGAUCUCAUACGUAAGCUAGCGCCCACAUUUGAGGGACCAGAGCCAAUAAAUGAGACCGAUGACUAUUUGCAACCCAAAUCAGCACCUGGUCCUCACAACCACGACGGCUCAGAAGAUAUACCUAAAUUAAAUCGUUACUGCAAGGAUCCCAUGAAUAAGAAUUCUUCCAACGAAAGUGAUGAAACCGAUUCGAAUGCCCGAGAAGUGGGUAUAGGCGAUUUGCGUUUAGAUCUUCCAGUCGACGAAGAUGACUAUCUCAUGCCCACCUGCCAAUUGCCCUCACAAAGCCAACUUAACAAUAACAACAACAAUAUAACAACAAGUAAUGCCAUGUCUUCAGCGCCUGGAGGUUAUAUGGACCUAAUUGGUGUGCCAGCUAGUGUAGAUAAUCCCGAAUAUUUGCUCAACCCAACUGCCAACCGCAAUCCCCAAGAGGCUCCUAUACCAACACAAACAAUCGGCAUACCCGUAAUGGUAUCCCGACCACCAAACGGAGCGUCUACCAUGCUCGACAUGCCCGUCACACCCUCGGAGCCCACUAGCUCCGAUCAUGAGUACUACAAUGACACUCAACGGGAAUUACAACCUCUGCAUCGAAAUGAAACAAGGGUAUGAUAUUAAUUCUGGGCUUUGAUAACACCACCACUGCCCUCGAAUCCCAAACACAGUAGAACAUUAAACCUAUUCUUGCCCUACUACGGUUUACAAAAAAAAACGUGCCUUCAAGUGUCUUAUCAUCUCCUAAUUGUAAAUAGAACAAAUUUUUUUAGAAGUAAAAACAAAAAACCCAUCAAACCUUUGGCCACUAAGCAAACAAAGGUUUAUUUAUCUCCCGCCUGAUGAAACAAGAACUGAUCGGAAAUUCAUUUCGUUACCGAGAAAAACAACAAAAAUUAAACGCCUUAAAAGUGCCUGCAUAUAAAUGUAAAUUAGUAUCUUAAGGAAUGUAUUUAUUAAACAUACAAUUAUUACAUACAAACAAACAUAUAUUUAUCACAUAGUACAUAUAUUUUAAAUAUUAUUGUUUUAUCUUACCAUUCAUUGCAUAAGUACUUAUUGCUAUUGCAAUGGACAAAUCAAAACGAAUCAAAAUCUAAGCAAAAUUGUAUAUAAUAAUAAUUGAAUAAUGAAUAUUUGAACGCAUUUAGUGCAUUUUAGCUCAUAGUGUUGCCACAUGUUAACAAAAUUUCCAACAUUUCAACUACAAUCUAAAUUCAUGAUCAUUUUAUUCAUCCAGAAAUACGAAAGACUGUGGUAACUUUUAUUUAAAAAUAGUAUCUAAUAAUAACAAAAGAUAAAUCAAACGAUAAAUUAAAACUAAACUGAUUACAUCUAUAAUUCUCGCUUCAAAUCCAUAGACACAUAAUUUUUUUUUAUAAACAUACAUAUAUAGUAAACUUACUAUACUUAUUAAACAAUAACUAUGAUCAAAAUGUAAAUUAAAUAAGAAGUAUGAAGUUUCUAUGUACAUAAUAUGUCUAUCAAUCUAUCUGUACAUAUCAUUGUAUGUAUUUAGAUAAUAGUUAAGAUCUUUAGAAAUAAUUUUAUAAUUUUAAUCGUUUAUACAUUUACUAUCGAACUGUGAUAAUCUAUAGAAAUAAGUUAUUUUCAAACAAAUAAAAUCAAUUGCAAAACAAACUAAACCUAAUUAGUUGUAAGAAAAUUUAGUUAUUCAUCUAUACAUAAGCUAUAACUAUAAUUUAAUUAAGAUAUUAUUUUUACCAUUAAAAACAUACAUAAAAUCAAAAAAAAAUAAAAAUAAAAAUUAGCAUGAGUGCCAUUUCUUGUAAUGAAUGAUUUAAAUAUGUCGUUGAAAAUUUUCAGUCAAUAAUUCCAGAUAAUUUUGGCACCAAGAUUUAACUAUUGUAACAACAAUUAACACCACUAUCUCUAUUUCGAUCGAUAUUUUAUAUAAUAAAAUAAUUAAUUAUUACAUACAUAUGUAUAUGCGAAAUUGUUUUUGUUUUUAAAGAAAGUUUUACUAUAUAUACCUAUAUAAUGCUAUAAAUGUUGUAGGAGUUUCACCAUGUCGAUCGUAUCGUUUAAUGCUUUUUGAGUAUCUGUAGGAUUUUAAAUCAUUUUGCUAUUAACAACUUGAGAAAAGAUAAUGCAAAUAUUUAAAAUGCAUAUUAUUACAAAAUAAUCGAUAUUGUGAAUUACACUACUAUUUUUAAUGUUUCCUUUUUUUUAGAAUCGAACGAUGAUUAUUGAUGUAUGUAAUGUACAAUGUCUGUUGUAUAAAUACACUUACAUAUAUGAUCAAAUAAAUUAUUAUUUAAUUAUGAAUUGUAAUAUUUAAUGAAUAAAUGUAUGUAUCUAUGAAUGUUGUACAUAUCUAUUUAGUUUGUUCAUGAAACUACUAUUUUAAUAAUUUUUACUACUAUAGGAAAAAAUAUAUAAGAAAAUGUUAUAAGUAUCAUGUAAACGAACCGAUAUACGGAUAUAUUAAGUUUACAAGAAAACAAUAUUUACAUAAAAAUAAAAAAAUUUAAAACUAAAA